UUUUUUUUUUGCAGUUAUUAAAUUAUAAACAUGUAAGUGUAUAGAGGAAGUUUCGGUGAUUUAAAAAAAAGAGGGAACCAAGAGCGGGAAGGACAUCUCUAUCCCCCACAGCGGUGGGGUGGGACACCCCAUCAGUGAUGGGAGGAGCUGAAGUCCAGCAGUGAUGGAUUCUUCUCAACACAUUUGCUUAUUUCAAAAUCAAACAAUCUCUGAUGAACAUUUACCCCCAAUGCCUGCAGGAAAGAGGGAGGGAGGGACAGAAACCCCAUCAGUUGUUUGAAAGAUUGCCUUUAUCUUCCCUCGAGGGUUCUUUGCAGCGACUUCCCCCCUCUUCCCAGCACACACGACUUUCUGGACCUCAGCGGUAAAAAGGGAAUCUCUAUGCUGCUUUUUCUGUGCUAGCAGUUGGGGCCAAGAAGGUCAUAGACAGGAAAAAGUUCUGAAAACUCCAGGAAAAAUGGAGGUCCUCCUCACCCACAGGUAGCAUAGAUUACUGCCCCCUCCCCAGCUGGCUCUCCAAUCAAUUCUCCACACAGCAAAUCUUCCAAGGGGCAACUCUGAUCUUGUCAUCCCUCUUGAAAACCAUUUUAUUGUCAUCCAAAUUUAAUUCAAUUUUUUUUUUUUUUUUAAAUCAGGCUACCAGGUCCUGCUGGAUCUGGCAUCCUGGCACUCCAGGACAACCAGGCCCAAGCAGGUGGAAAUGCAGUUCUCUCGCCGUGCCUAGUUCCUUCUCUCUGUCCAAUCUUUUGCUUUUCAUAUAUUGUUUCUGCCCUUUGCCUGGAAACCUCUCCUCCCAUCCCCAAGGCCUCAGCCAAGAUGUCGCUUCUCCCAGGAAGCCUUCCCAGGCUGCCCAAGUGCCUGGUUUGGGGUCUAUUGCCCAGCAAUCGGACUGCCAAUUCGUGAGGGCGGAGGCUGCAUCUCCACAGCCUGCGGUCUUUGCCUUGAGUCGGGAUAUUUCGGGGCCGAGAUUCAGUGACCUCCAUAAGGUGUCUGGUGUCCGUCAUUCUAUCCCGGCUCGGAGCUGAUUCUGGCCCGGAGCAGAGGUUGAGGGUUGCUGACUGGGACUGGCUAUUUUUGGGGGCGCGGCCGGGUCCUUGGGAGGAGGAUGACGCCAGGAGUGCGUGUUCCUCUAAAGCAGAGGACGCCCCGAGGAGCGUGCCCCUCAAAAACAUGGGCGAAGCCCUCCGCCGGGCCCAGACUUGCCCCUCACAAGGAUGGCUUCCCGCGGAUUCUUAUUGGUCCCGGUGGGCUUCUUAGGUGGCGCUGAUUGGCGGGAGGCGGGGGCGCGUCGGGGCGGGGCGCGUCGGGGCGGGACCUCUCCGGCCCGGACUUAGCGUAGCUACGCCCGCGCCGCGACUAUGUCGCGGGCACGCAGCCACUUGCGCUCGGCUUUCCUCCUGGCUGCGGUUUCUCCGCUCAGUGCAACGACCCGCUUCGGCGCGCGACGAGGGUUGAGCGCGUGGCCCGCGCCGCAGGAGCCCGGCAUGGAGUAUCAGGAUGCUGUGCGCACACUCAACACCCUCCAGACCAACGCCAGCUACCUGGAGCAGGUGAAGCGCCAGCGGGGUGACCCUCAGACACAGCUGGAAGCCAUGGAGCUGUUCUUGGCACGCAGUGGGCUACAGUUGGAGGACUUGGACCAGCUGAACAUCAUUCAUGUCACCGGGACCAAGGGGAAGGGCUCCACCUGUGCCUUCACUGAACGAAUCCUCCGAAGCUAUGGCUUGAAGACCGGAUUCUUUAGGUGCGCGAGCGGAUCCGCAUCAAUGGGCAGCCCAUCAGCCCUGAGCUCUUCACCAACCACUUCUGGCGCCUCUACCACCGGCUGCAGGAGACCAAGGAUGGCAGCAGCUGUGUCUCCAUGCCCGCCUACUUCCGCUUCCUCACGCUCAUGGCCUUCCACAUCUUCCUCCAAGAGAAGGUGUAUGCCCACUGCCCGGAACCCUGUUUCUGAGGCCUUGGGGAGGGGAAUUGCAGCAGGCCGAGGGGUUCCUGGGAGGCAUCCAGGCACCCCUGUGCCCCCUGCCAUGCCCUCUGGUCUUCUGCAGGUGGACCUGGCAGUGGUGGAGGUGGGCAUCGGUGGGGCCUACGACUGCACCAACAUCAUCAGGAAGCCUGUGGUGUGUGGGGUCUCCUCUCUUGGCCUCGACCACACCAGCCUUUUGGGGGACACGGUGGAGAAGAUUGCAUGGCAGAAAGGGGGCAUCUUCAAGCGUGGUGUCCCUGCCUUCACCGUGCUUCAGCCUGAUGGGCCCCUGGCAGUGCUGAGGGACCGUGCGCAGCAGAUCUCAUGUCCUCUCUACCUGUGCCCACCUCUGGAAGCCCUGGAGGAAGGGGGGCCACCGCUGACCCUUGGCCUGGAGGGAGAGCACCAGCGGUCCAAUGCCGCCUUGGCCUUGCAGCUGGCCCGCUGCUGGCUGCAGCAAAAGGACCACCAGGGCAUCGGGGAGCUGAAGGCAUCCCAGCCGAGUCUCCAGUGGCAGCUGCCCCUGGCACCCGUCUUCCAGCCCACGUCCCACAUGCAGCACGGGCUUCGGGACACGGAGUGGCCUGGCCGGACGCAGGUGCUGCGGCGCGGGCCGCUCACCUGGUACCUGGACGGCGCCCACACCGUCAGCAGCGUGCAGGCCUGCGUGCGCUGGUUCCGCCAGGCGCUGCGUGGCCGUGACACACCAGACGGUGGGCCCGAGGUGCGUGUCUUGCUCUUCAACUCUACUGGGGACCGGGAUCCCGCGGCCCUGCUGAAGCUGUUGCAGCCCUGCCAGUUUCACUAUGCUGUUUUCUGCCCCAACCUGACAGAGGUGUCACCCACGGGCAACGAAGACCAGCAGAACUUCACAGUGACACUGGACCAGGUGCUGCUCCGCUGCCUCACACACCAGCAGCACUGGAGCCGCCUGGACAAGGAGCAGGCCAGCCCGAACCUCUGGAACAGCCCCGGCCCGGAGCCUGGUGGGCCCGCGUCCUUGCUGCUGGCACCCUGCCUGCCCCACCCCGUCAGCACCAGCUCCCUUGUCUUCAGCUGCAUCUCCCACGCCUUGCAGUGGAUCAGCCAAGGCCGGGACCCUGUCUUUCAGCCACCCAGUCCCCCACGGGGCCUCCUCGCCCACCCCGUGGCAGGCAGCGGGGCCAGUGUACUGCGGGAGGCUGCUGCCAUCCACGUGCUGGUCACAGGCAGCCUGCACCUGGUCGGGGGUGUCCUGAAGCUGCUGGAGCCCUCCCUGUCCCAGUAGCCGAGGCAGUGGGGUUGGAGGUGGGGCCUCCCACGCCUGCCCUGUGUCUCUCCACGAACUCCUGUAUUAAGUGCCUUCUGUUUCCUGCUUUCCUGAUUCUGUCUAGACUGGUCCAGGGACCUGGGCUCUGGGCGGUGGAAUAGAGGGCUGGAGGUGGGAGGCUGAGAUUGGACAUCCUGUCUCUGAGCCUGGGGUGCCUUUGGCCUCUCCUCCCUUCCCUGUCGUAGCAGGCCUGAUGAUCCAGCCUGUCUCCCUCCCACCCCGCCUGCUUCGGGCCAGCUUCUUGUGUGAGCUGCCUGGCUGGGCCUGGGAUCCUGCCAGGUGCUGGUUGAUAGGUUUUCUCCUCCCAGUGGCCUUCCGGGAAAAAAAAGGGCCCUUGCUUGGGGCUCUCUGGGGACAGAGGGCGGCUAGAGUCAAUUAAAGCCUUUAAUUUUUUUAAAAAAAGAAAAGGCAAAACAUUUGAUUGACUCGACCUCUGGCUCCCUCAGCAGACCAUAGGGGGAUGGGGGCUGCAGCUGCUACAGGAACUGGAUUGUGUCGGCGCUGGGGCUGGGUGGCCUGGAACAAGGCCCUCCCCCCCUCCCUCCCUCUGAGCCUCGGGCUGCCUGUCUCUGACAUGAGAAGACUGGACUGCGGUCCGUUGACCACAGGCCAGGCACUGUUUUGCAGACCUCCUUGCAGAGACCUCAUGAUGGAGGAUUAUCUUACCC